AUGGCGGAGGCGGAAGGGGAGAGUCUGGAGUCCUGGCUGAAUAAAGCCACCAAUCCUUCUAACCGCCAGGAGGACUGGGAAUACAUAAUUGGCUUUUGUGAUCAGAUCAACAAGGAGCUUGAAGGGCCGCAGAUCGCUGUCCGACUGCUGGCCCAUAAGAUCCAGUCUCCGCAGGAGUGGGAGGCGGUCCAGGCCCUGACGGUGCUGGAAGCCUGCAUGAAGAACUGCGGCAGGAGGCUCCAUAAUGAAGUGGGCAAGUUCCGGUUUCUGAAUGAGUUGAUCAAAGUCGUCUCUCCGAAGUACCUGGGGGACAGGGUGUCUGAGAAAGUGAAGACCAAGGUUAUUGAGCUGCUUUAUAGCUGGACGUUGGCCCUGCCGGAAGAAUCAAAGAUCAAGGAUGCCUACCACAUGUUGAAGAGACAGGGCAUCGUGCAUUCUGACCCGCUGAUCUCUGUGGACAGGACGCUGAUCCCGUCUCCACCGCCUCGUCCCAAAAACCCCGUUUUUGAUGACGAGGAGAAAUCCAAGCUUUUAGCCAAGCUGUUGAAAAGCAAAAACCCAGACGACCUGCAGGAGGCCAACAAGCUCAUCAAGUCCAUGGUGAAGGAGGAUGAGGCGCGGGCGCAGAAGGCGACCGAGCGUCUGCACACCUUGGAGGAGGUGGAUGCCAGCGUGAAGCUGCUCGCUGAGAUGCUGCGCCACUACAGCAGAGAAGGCUCUGCGGAGGCAGACAAGGAGCUCAUGAAGGAGCUGUUUGAUCGGUGUGAGAACAAGAGGCGGACGUUAUUCAAACUCGCCAGCGAGACAGAGGACAAUGACAAUAGUUUAGGGGACAUCUUACAGGCCAGUGACAACCUCUCCCGGGUCAUCAACUCUUAUAAGACAGUCGUUGAAGGGCAGGUUGUCAAUGGUGAGGUGGUGACCUCAGCCAUUCCCGACUCGGAAGGAAACUGCCGCUCCAGCCACCAAGGCACUCUCAUUGACCUUGCUGAGGUGGAUGCGCCAAGCAGCCCGCCCCCAGCGCUGGCCCCUGCCCCCUCCAGCUCGAGCAUCCCUGUCCUCCCUCCGCCCCCCCAGGCCUCAGGCCCUGGGCGCAGCCACUCGGCUGGCCAGCCCGAGGCGCCCCCAGGGCCCAGCAGCACGAGCAACGCCCUCAGCCUGCUGGACGAGGAGCUGCUCUGCUUGGGCCUCGCCGACCCGGUGCCCAGCGCUCCUCCCGCCGAGGCAGCUGGGAACAGCCAGUGGCCCCUGCUCCAGAGCGAGCAGUCGGACCUGGACUUCUUCAGCUCCAAGCCCGGGCCGGGAGCCUGCAGCCCUGCAGAUGGGCCUCUCCUGCAGCCCUCAGGGGCCCCCGCAGGCAGGCCCCAGGCCCCAGUGGUCCCGGCUGGAGUUCCUGCCCUCAGAGCCGGCCCCUUCUUGUUCUCCACCGGCCUGGCCCCAGCUCCGGCCCCAAAGGCUAAGCCCAUCAGCCCCGGGUACCACGGUUCCGCUUUGGGCGAUAGUACCCUGCACCAGCUGGAUGUCCUCGACCAGCUUCUACAAGAGGCCAAAGUGACGUCAGGCCUGGUGAAACCCGCCGCCUCCAGCUUCUUCCCAGGCGCUGCCGCCCCUCCUCUGCUCCCCACCGGCACCUCCGCUCGGCCUCUCCUCCCCCUCUCCACGGGGCCCGGCAGCCCUCUCUUCCAGGCCCAGGGCAGCCCCGUGAAGGGGCCCGAGCUCUCCCUGGCCAGUGUCCACGUGCCCCUGGAGUCUAUCAAGCCUAGCAGUGCCCUUCCUGUGACGGCCUAUGAUAAAAACGGCUUCCGCAUCCUCUUCCAUUUUGCCAAGGAGUGCCCUCCAGGACGGCCCGAUGUUCUGGUGGUGGUGGUGUCCAUGCUGAACACAGCUCCCUUGCCCAUCAAGAGCAUCGUGCUGCAGGCCGCAGUGCCCAAGUCAAUGAAAGUGAAGUUGCAGCCACCCUCUGGGACAGAACUCUCUCCUUUCAGCCCCAUCCAGCCACCUGCAGCCAUCACACAGGUCAUGCUGCUGGCCAACCCGCUGAAGGAGAAGGCGAGGCUUCGGUACAGGCUGACCUUCGCCUUGGGGGAGCAGCUGAGCACAGAGGUGGGUGAGGUGGACCAGUUCCCCCCUGUGGAGCAGUGGGGGAACCUAUGA